AUGCGGGAGCGGAUUCAGUGCACCAACGUGCACUUGAACCAGUCGUGUGCAUAUCACGUAGCCGCCACCCUCGUCCUCAAGGCCCUCAAGGAGCUGGAGCGCAACAGCAAGAAGGUCAAGAACAUCAAGCACAGCGGCAACAUCGUGCUCAAUGGCGCCAUCGAGAUUGCUAAGACAAACCACAGCAAGAAGAUGAAGAAAGGGCUGGUGGAACCUGCCUUUGUGUUCGAGGAAGAAACCUUCCUCACCGUUUCCAAAACCUCCCUCUUCUUCGCCGGCGACGGCUUCUCCGUCUACAACCGCAACGCUCAGCUCGUCUUCCGAGUCGACUCCUAUGGCCCCGACCCCCACGACAGAACCGAGCUCGUCCUCAUGGACGCCACCGGCCGCUGCCUCCUCACCGUCCGCCGAAAGAGGCCAAGCCUGCAUCACCGGUGGGAAGGGUAUGUAGGGGAGAGGAUGGAGGGGCAGAAGCCGAUCUUCAGCGUCAGGCGGUCGUCCAUAAUGGGACGGUCGAGCGUCACUGUGGAAGUCUUCCGGGAUCCACCGGAGGAGUACCAGAUCGAAGGCUCGUUCGCGCAGCGCAAUUGCACAAUCUACAACGCAGACAAGGAACCGGUGGCUGAGAUCCACCGCAAAGUAGAUGUUUCGACAAACGUGGUGCUUGGGAAGGACGUCUUCUCUCUUGCACUGAAGGCUGGCUUCGAUGCAGCUUUUGCCAUGGGACUGGUGCUCGUGCUUGACCAGAUCAACGGCGAUGGGUUUGUGGAGGAGGAGGAGGAGGAGGGAGGGAGGAGGGAGGGGGAGAUGGACCUGACCGCAGUGGAAUAG